CACGUUCUGUCUGAAGCUAGAAAGAACAGAGAAUAAAGAAAGAGAAAUUAUGUCCUUAAAAGUCUGACUUUCCUCUGUACUCGCGUCAGCUGACGGAACAAGUCUGUGUUUUAUUGGUUAGCGUGAAACCUCAUCACCUGCGAGUCGCAGUUACCGUGGCAACAGUAAUGAGAGUACAAGUGGAUCUUGAAGUAUUUUAAUAAAGCAGGUGUGUGUGGGUGUGUACUUGUACUUGUGCGUGCUGUGUAUUAGUUACGUCUUUAAGACAUUGAAAGACCUCAAUGUACAGCAGGGGUUGAAUGUCGGGUCCAAAAGGUCUACAGUUGUAAACUAUCCAAGCUUAUACUAAAAACAAUAAAGCCUCUGAAUUCUGUAGGAGUUUACAAGUUUAACCAAAACCUCCCAAUCUGAAGACCCACAAUUAAGAGUGAAAAUGGAUAAUUGUUAAUCCACUUGUGCCUCCAUCGGUAAAUGAACUGCUUUUCUACCAAAUAGUUCAGAUCGAUUCUGUCAACAUUUGUGAAGGUUACCAAGUUUAUCAUCUAUAUUGUCCCACUUUUUGGCACCCUUCGCUUUGGGUACCUAUAGAAAAGUGGUUCCUCACCAACGAGUGGCGAUAGAAAUACUGCAAUCCACUGAUUGGAUGACAGAGAAUCAUCUCUUCUUGACUGUCGCUGGUAUCAUUUCACGAUAUUUUCACAGGUGUCAUAACCACUAACCAACUAAUCAUAACUAUCGUCAUGUGUCCAACACAACCUGCAGUGUAAAGACAGCUCUAGUAAUCCUUUACUUAUGUGGAUAAAAUCAAUUUUUUGUUAUAGAUGCAGUUUUGUGGGAAUAAUUCAUACACCCAUACUCAAAAAACCCUCAACCACUGCUGAUACCUAAGAACCUAAAACUCUUCUUCUUCCAUUGCAGGCACUCCGCUGUGACAAACUUUCAUCAAACACACUGGGGGUGGAGUAAAGAACCCAAGUUCUUAACAAUGGACGAGUCUACCAAGGUUCAAACGGACGGAAACUCCCUGCUGAAGGCGGUCUGUCUCAGUCGUCUGCGUCUCACCCGGCUGCUCCUGGAGGGAGGGGCCUACAUCAAUGAGAGCAAUGAACAUGGCGAGACCCCGCUCAUGGUGGCCUGCAAGACACGCCAUACAGACUCACAAAGUGUACCCAAGCACAAGAUAGUUCGGUAUCUUCUGGAAAAUGGUGCUGAUCCAAACAUCCAAGACAAGACAGGGAAAACCGCACUGAUGCACGCAUGCCUCGAACAAGCAGGAGCUGAAAUUCUGUCACUUCUUCUGAGCAAUGGAGCUGAUCCAACACUGGAGGAUCAUGCAGGGUUGUCAGCAUUGGUUCAUGCGCUCAAUUCAGGAAACAGGGACGUCCUCAGGGUCCUUCUGGAUGCCUGUAAAGGGAAGGGUAAGGAGGUUAUAAUCAUCACCACCAACAAAAUGCCAACUGGCCAUCAGGUGACAAAACAGUACCUCAAUGUCCCUCCACCUCCUGACACUGAGGAACGUCUGCAUUACAGCCCAGCAUCCUCUCACCAACAUCCUAGUCUGAUAUGUGUUCCUGUUGUGGAUAAGAGGGUCAGUCUUCAUUGGCUACAUUCAGAGAAGUGGACCAAAAGUCCACCCACGCUGCUCCAGCAGAGCCAGACCUCCUCUCUGACAGGGGAACCAGAGGAACUUACACCUGAGGAAGGGCGACCCUUCGGAGUCGGUAGUUCUGCCGUUCAUGGAAGACCUCCUGCUGUUUCCCGUCACCACAGCGUUGACAUCAAAGAUAUAGCAGGGCUUCUGAAAGCACUAGAGAGCAGGAGUGAAAGCAAAGGAGGAGGUGGAAGAAGAGGCUUAGGAAGAAAGAUGUCAUAUGACAGUGCUGCAAGUUCACUGCACUCUGUUUCACAUCCAAACUUGCACCAAGACAGUCUCCCCUUCCCGUAUGAGUCUAGACAAGUGGAUGAAGAUUCCUCUGACUGUCCCACACAACUAAAUGUUUCAAGUCUGCAAAAUGUGGUCCGUCGACGAAACAUUGGCAUGAACCAUUACAGUUCUGACUCCCAGUUACCACAGUUUGGCUGCCGAGCCAAUAGCUCCAAGAGUAGUGGUGGAGUUGGAGUGGGAACAGAAAGGCACAAGCUGGUCAACAGCAAGUCCUGCGCUCUGUCAGGAUCCAGAGAGUCCUUGGAGAGCGCUGUCCAGAGAUGUGAAACAGCCAGACUGGAGCAAAGAGGCUCAGGGGGUUAUCUUCUGGACCACAUUGCCCACACCCGCCCAAGAUACCUACCACCACUUAAUCCACAUGCUCCCAUACCGGAUAUUGGGGCCAGCUCUACCUCCAAACCUUUGACUGGAAGUAGCAAAACACUGAAUAGUGUUCUUACGGGGUCAAAGCCUUUUCUACCCUGUGCACCUGUUUUCCCAAAGAACGCACAGGCCAAUAGAAUGCUAUGGAGGCGCCAUUCAAUGCAGAGUGAGCAGAUAAAACAGCUGGCAAACUUUGAGGAAACUCUUGGCCAUAGUACCACCGCUGACCAUCAUGAAAACCUUGCAUUAUAACUACUUGAGAAAAUUACUUCAUGCUGUAUAAACUGAAAUUACACUACUGGCCACUUUAUUAGCUAAAAUGGCAGGAGUGGCACCUGCUGUGGUCCUUUGCUGCUGUAGUUAAUCAGCUUAUUUGAGUGACUGUGGCCUUUCUAUCAUUUCAAACCAAUCUGGCCGGUCUCCUCUGAACUCAAGGCAAACUGCUGAAUUGCUGGUUCCUGGAUGUUUUCACUUUUUUGGAUCAUAUUCUCUCUAAAUCCUCAAGAUGGCUAGCAAUUUCUGAAAUACUCAGACCAGCCCAUCUGACACCAACAGCCACUCCAUGUUCAAAUCAUUCUGAUGCUUGGUUGGAACUUUAAUGGCUUGUCAUGACUAAAUGCAUUAUGUUGCUGCUAUGUGAUUGAUUGGCUGAUUAGAUAUUUCCUUUAACAAGCAGUUGAACAAUUGUACGGCUAGUGAAUGUAUAAUAUAUAUUCUCCAGCAUUGGUGAAUACAUUGUAUAAUAUAUGAUCUAGUGCAGGGGCAGGGGUCUCAAACUCAAACUCAAACUGACCUAGGAGCUGAUGAGCAUCCAGUCUGGUUAUGUGAUAUUAUGUGGGGAACUUAGCUAAAACAACAAUAUUCAAAAGUAUACUUCACAAAAGUAAAAGUGUUUGUUAUGAUAUGGAACAAUACAGCUGACAUAAUGCAAAGUGAAAUAAAUAAUAAUAAUAAUAAUGAAAUAUUAUUAAUAACAAAAGAAAUAAAACUCUGAUGUAACCUAGUGUAUAUUAUUAUAAUUAAAAUAUUGCUCACUGUUUAUGACAAUGUGAAUAUAAUAUUUGGUAUUAUAUUCUGUCUAUAAUCUAGCUACAGGGGGAGGGGGUCAUGGGCCAGUUCCCAUUAUAACUUGAUAUGAAGUGGUGGGCCGUGAGUUUGAGACCUCUGAUCAAUCACUUUUUUCCACCCAGCUCCUGCAACAGUUUAAAACAUUUGUUGUAAUAUUGUUAAAAGAUAAAAUAAACAUAAAAUUAACAUCACAAAUCGUCUUUCUUUUGCGCAGUGACAACAAAGUAAGUUUCAGCGUUAUCGAACAUUUAUGUUAACA